CUGUGCAUGCUGCAGGAAUUACCCACAAUCCUCCGAGCAGGAACAUGCUGAGAGUGCGCUGUCUGAGAGGAGGAAGCCGAGGAGCCGAGGCUGCUCACUUAAUCGGAGCCAUGGUUGGUCGUAUGGCAUCCUGUUGGGUUCAGAAGGUGUUUCAGAGCUCAAGCUCAGCCGCUGCUGUGAGAUCACAUGCAGCUGAGGACGUGGCCGUCACUGAGCUUGGGCCUGAUGAGUGCCCAGUUUGCACUUAUAACGAGUGGGACCUGCUGGAGGAAGUGAUUGUAGGGCGCGCAGAAAAUGCACAUGUCCCUCCAUUUACUGUAGAGGUCAAGGCCAACACAUAUGGGAAGUACUGGCCAUUUUAUCAGAAAUAUGGAGGGCAGACAUUCCCCAAGGAGCACGUGAAGAAGGCAGUCACUGAAAUCGAGGAAAUGUGCAGUAUCCUGCGCCAUGAGGGUGUCAUCGUGAGGAGACCUGAACCCAUCGACUGGUCCAUCGAGUACAAAACCCCUGACUUCACAUCCACAGGCAUGUAUGCAGCCAUGCCGCGGGACAUCCUGUUGGUUGUGGGGAAUGAGAUCAUUGAGGCUCCGAUGGCGUGGAGAGCUCGGUUUUUCGAGUAUCGUGCUUAUAGGCCACUCAUUAAAGAGUACUUUAGACGAGGAGCCAAAUGGACCACUGCACCCAAACCCACCAUGGCAGAUGAGUUAUACGAUCAGGAUUAUCCGAUCAAGACAGUCGAGGACAGACACAAACUGGCUGCAGAGGGGAAGUUUGUUACUACUGAAUAUGAACCAUGCUUUGAUGCUGCUGAUUUCAUCCGAGCUGGAACAGAUCUGUUUGUGCAGAGGAGCCAGGUGACUAACUUCAUGGGGAUUGAGUGGAUGAGGCGUCACCUCGCUCCCACCUACAAAGUGCACAUAAUCUCAUUUAAGGAUCCAAACCCCAUGCACAUAGACGCCACCUUUAACAUCAUUGGACCCGGACUGGUGCUGUCCAAUCCGGACAGACCAUGCCACCAGCUCGAGAUGUUUAAGAAAGCUGGCUGGACAGUGGUGCAUCCACCAACACCUUUAAUUCCUGAUGAUCACCCUCUCUGGAUGUCCUCCAAGUGGCUGUCCAUGAACGUCCUGAUGCUGGACGAGAAACGCGUCAUGGUAGAUGCUAAUGAGACUACCAUUCAAAAAAUGUUUGAAAAUCUUGGUAUUAAGACAAUUAAGGUGAACAUUCGUCACGCUAACUCCCUGGGCGGAGGUUUCCACUGCUGGACUACAGAUGUCCGGCGCAGAGGAAUGCUACAGUCAUACUUCCACUAAACCUACCAGAAAACUAUGCAGUUAUUAUUGAGUUCACAUUCACACAGCAAUAACGAUUAAUAAUCUGUAUGCAGUCAGGUCCUAAAUUGAGUGUGCUAAUAAUUAAAACAUGUAUGGAUACAAUGUGGAAAUCAAAAUGUAAUCUGAUUUUCCAUGUUAUCAAUUUAACAGCUAAAAAUUUCCACAUGCAUAUAAAACAUCCACAUAGAGAUAAAACAUCUAAUCUAAGUAGACCUAUUUGUCUCAAUUUCAUGUUAUUAAUUCUGUCAUUAUAUAGUUUAUUCAGAAGUUGAGACCUGACUGUAACAGUUAAUAAGUUUUACUUUUUUUUGUGUGUGUGUGUGUGUGUGUGUGUGUGUGUGUGUGUGUGUGUGUGUGUGCGCGAGCAUGUCUAUGCUUCCGCAGACAGAGAGCUGACACUCAUUCACAAUCUCAAUAACGACUGCAUUUCUGGCUAAUGGGACUGUCUCAUCUCCCAUAAGUGAUUUUUGGGUUUCAAAAUUUAUUAAAAAAAAUAAAUAAAUAAAAACUCAUUUGCAAAGAAAGAUGCAUAAAUCCACUGGGAAAUGAUAGUUUGAAUUAAAGACUUGUUUGAUUUCCAGAGACCAGUGAGCCAAUCAAGUGCAAAAAUACAACUAUUAAUUGUCAUUGAAUCUUAAGAACUGAAAUCAUUUUUUUUUCAAUUUGUGAAGAGGAAAUCAAAUUGUACACAGUCCCAAAAAGUCAUAACUACUGCACGAAAGUCCACCCUGCCAUCCCAUAAUGCCCAGGGAAGUUCUGCUCUCAGCGUCACCAAGACAACAAACACGGCCAGGAAAUUUAAAAAUGUCCAUAUGCAAAAGUUACUACCUCCUUUUUAUGAUUCAGAAACACACAUUUUCUUUCUUAAACAGUUAAUUCAAAUAUGAGUUUUGUAUCUUUUUUUUUUUUUGUAGUCGGUCUUUACACACUCAAUUUUCUUACAGUAUAUAUAUAUUUUUAAUAGGAUGUUGUAAGGUAGGGCGGCACGGUGGUGUAGUGGUUAGCGCUGUCGCCUCACAGCAAGAGGGUCCAGGUUCGAGCCCCGUGGCCGGCGAGGGCCUUUCUGUGCGGAGUUUGCAUGUUCUCCCCGUGUCCGCGUGGGUU